CAAACCACCCCCCCCCCCCCCCAAAAAAAAAAAAGAAAGAAUCUGAGAGAGAGAAACAAACAGGGUCCAAGAAAUGCGGACGAUACCGUUGGGAAUAUCAGCAGCAUCCCCAACCUCCUUAAACAGCUCCUUCCUCAACAGUCUCAACCUCAACAGACCAAACCCUCUUGUUCCUCUUACUAGUUCCACUUCUUCCAGGGUUCCUGUUCCUGUUUCUGUUCCUGUUCCUGCCUACACUUCCCCUGAUGACCUCUCUUUCCUUAACUUCUCCAAAUCUGGAGUUUGCAGAGCCAGUCAAGUGGCUGAUUUAUUUCCCACGGUGUCUCCUGAGAUUGUGGUCCGGGAGGCGCGGGUAGAGGACUGUUGGGAGGUGGCUGAGACACAUUGCAGCUCCUUCUUCCCCGAGUAUUCUUUCCCCUUAGAUUUUGUUCUGAGGAUUGACCGGCUGGUGGCAAUGCUGGCCGGAUUUUCUUUGCCAAAUGGUUGUAAGAGGACUUGUCUGGUUGCUGUGAUUGGUAAUGCUGGUGAUGAAACGUUCCUCUUCGGGAGGGAUGAUUUUAAGGUUGGCGGUUUUGAUGGGAAGUUCAGUCUCAGUAGGAGGUAUGUGGCUGGAAUAUUGACUGUGGAUACUGUUGCUGAUUUUCUUCCGAGAAAGGGGCCUCUUCGGCAGAGAAGGAAAGGAGUUGCAUACGUGUCAAACGUUGCUGUCCGGGAGAGUUUUCGGCGAAGAGGAAUAGCUAAAAGGCUAAUAGCAAAAGCAGAAGCCCAAGCCAGGAGCUGGGAUUGCCGUGCCAUUGCAUUGCACUGCGACUUGAACAACCCCGGUGCCGUAAAGCUGUACAAAGGCCAGGGUUUCAAAAGCAUCAAGGUGCCUGAAGGAGCAAACUGGCCCCAGCCCAAGACCGGUCCGGAUGUUCGGUUCAACUUCAUGAUGAAGCUUCUGAACCCCAAGAUUUCUGCUUAGACUCCCUUAGGAACAUGUGAAGAAACUAACAAGGGAGACAGACAAAAGAAGAAAACAUUUAGUAAGACAAAAAAGAAAGUGGAAGAAAAACUAGGAUGUUUGAGAAUAGGUUGUAUAUAAUUACACACAAGGAAAGAUGCAUCUGUGCCAUGAACUUGUAUUUUUCAUUGGAUAAAACGCUAAUUUUGUAAAUAUUUGGGGGCAGGUCACGGCAUCCUUUGCCCCAUUGUCUUAUGAAGAGAUAUUUCUGCCUGUUUUAUAGUUC